AGGGAGGGGUCGCCGGAAGUUCCAGAAGCUCCAUCCGGCGCCAGGGAGAGUGAGUGUGUAUUUUCCCGGUCUUUCGACUACAUCAAGUUUUUUUCUACCCUGGUCGCAUUUGGGUUAGUAACAGCUUCGGCGAGUUAGCCACUUCCAGUGCCCCUUCCGGAGCCGGUAACCAGUUCCCCGGUGCGCUUGGAUCUCCGCGCUGUCUGGCCGGCUCUGCUGGAUGGUGUGGCGCAGCCGCGCGCUGGGGUGCGGGUGCAGGCGCCACGGACUUUGCAGCCCAGGCUCACAGGAGGCGGCUGGAGACGCAGCCGAUCCUGCGCAGUCUUUGAGGAAGAAAUGUCUUUUGUAAAAAGGAGUCCAAACCAAGAAAUAAUUUCCCAAUUUCACCAUUCAGCAGCAGAAGGGGAUAUUGCCAGAUUAACAUUAAUACUCAGUCAUUCUCCAUCUCUUCUCAAUGAAACUUCUGAAAAUGGAUGGACUGCUUUAAUGUAUGCUGCAAGGAAUGGGCACCCAGAUGCUGUCCAAUUUCUACUCGAGAAAGGGUGUGACAGAUCGAUUGUAAAUAAAUCAAGACAGACUGCACUGGAUAUUGCUAAAUUUUGGGGUUAUAAGCAUAUAGCUAACUUACUAGCUAAUGCUAAAGGUGGGAAGAAGCCUUGGUUCCUAACCAGUGAAGUGGAAGAAUGUGAAAAUUAUUUUAGCAGGACACUACUAGACCGGAAAAGUGAAAAAAGAAAUAAUUCUAACUGGUUAUUAGCAAAAGAAAGCCAUCCAGCCACAGUUUAUAUCCUUUUCUCAGAUUUAAAUCCCUUGGUUACUCUAGGUGGCAAUAAAGAAAGUUUCCAACAGCCAGAAGUCAGGCUUUGUCAGCUCAACUACACGGAUAUAAAGGAUUAUUUGGCUCAGCCUGAGAAGAUCACCUUGAUUUUCCUUGGAGUAGAACUCGAAAUGAGAAAAGAGUUAUUUAAUUAUGCUGGGGAAAUCUCAAGAGAAGAAGAAGAUGGGUUGGUUGCCUGGUUUGCUUUAGGUAUAGAUCCUGUUGCUGCUGAAGAAUUUAAGCAAAGACAUGAAAAUUGUUAUUUUCUUCAUCCUCCAAUGCCAGCUCUUCUGCAAUUAAAAGAAAAAGAAGCUGGGGUUGUAGCUCAAGCAAGAUCUGUUCUUGCCUGGCACAGUCGAUACAAGUUCUGCCCAACCUGUGGAAGCGCAACUAAAAUUGAAGAAGGUGGCUAUAAAAGAGUAUGCUUAAAAGAAGACUGUCCUAGCCACCAUGGUAUUCACAAUACAUCAUACCCAAGAGUUGAUCCAGUAGUAAUCAUGCAAGUUAUUCAUCCAGAUGGGACCAAAUGUCUUUUAGGCAGGCAGAAAAGAUUUCCCCCUGGCAUGUUUACCUGUCUUGCUGGAUUUAUUGAACCUGGGGAGACAAUAGAAGAUGCUGUUCGGAGAGAAGUAGAAGAGGAAAGUGGAGUCAAAGUUGGCCAUGUUCAGUAUGUCUCUUGUCAACCAUGGCCAAUGCCCUCCUCCUUAAUGAUUGGUUGCUUAGCUGUGGCAGUGUCUACAGAAAUUAAAGUUGACAAGAAUGAAAUAGAGGAUGCCCGCUGGUUCACUAGAGAACAGGUUGUGGAUGUUCUGACCAAAGGGAAGCAACAGGCAUUCUUUGUGCCACCAAGCCGAGCUAUUGCACAUCAAUUAAUCAAACACUGGAUUGGAAUGAACCCCAAUCUCUAAAUCAGAUAAUUAAACUUUGACUAUGUCUAAUUGAUUUCUAAUCCCACUUAUUCCUCAAGUGAGAUUAUAAAUGUUUAGUGCUCUUUAGAAUGUCACAACACAGAUACCAUAUUGGGUUUUUAAACUGUACCAUCUAUCUUAACUACAAAAUUUAUAUUUUUAUAAAUUACAACAUUGCCUCAGAUUUUGUAAAAUCUGACCAUUCUCUGAACAUUUUUUUUCGUUGUGCUCCACAAUUUUAUCUCACAAAACCAUAUUUCUAAUACGAGAAAGCAUACUGUAAAGAAAUAUGUUCAAAAAAAAAAAAACGUAAAUCUAAACUCCAGCACCUCAUGCAGGCAUUAGACCAUUCACUAAAAUUCUUUUUUUUUUUUUUUUUUUUUGAGAAUGAGAUAAAAUAUUUUGCUGAAUUUUGAGCUUGAUUUUUGGUAUUUUUGACAUCAUAAAGGUCCUUUUGGUUGUCAGUAGCUGAUUUUUACUCAUCUUCUCAUUGUAAUCCACUUUUUCUCCUUUUUCCACUGUUCUAUCAGUGCUCCGUUACAGUGUUGCUACUAAUCUGUUUUGAUCAAUAUUAAGAAUUUUCUUUUUUAACACUUUUCUUAGUCAUCAGUAUAACCAUACCCUCAGGAAAGGAAAACAUCAGUAAGAGCAUGUCAUUGUGUUUGGUACCCCCUUCUUAAACAUAAAAUUAAUUAACAUAAUCUAUUUGUUAACUGUACAAAGUUGUUCUUAAGAUAAAUCAGGAUUCUCUGCUUUUUCACUGAAAUUAAACAUAUUUGAAAAAAUACUUUACAAAGGUCAGGUGUUAAAUAAAAUCCCAGAGAGAUUUACUUAUUUAAUAAAAACAAUGGCUUAUGUCAUUUUGUAAUAAGGCAUGUGUCUUCAUUUGCAGAAAAUUAUAUAAUCAUUACUAAUAACUAUUAAAUUCAAAUACAAAUCCUAGUUUGGACCUUAUUUCAACAUAUUCUGUGAAGCAUUUAUAUAAUAACUAUAUCUUAAAAAUGAAUCAGUAAAAUUUUAGAGAAAGUAAAUUGUAAUUGUUCAAAACUUUGCAACAUAGAACUGUCAUUCUUGACAAGGCUGUUUUGAAAUUGUUUAAAAGUUAAUUUAUAAAUGUAUAAAUUUAUGUACUUUGGCUCUUUACUAUUAUAUGUUAGAACUGGAAGAGACCUUAAGGACAAUAUAUGUAGUUCAAUGCCCUUUUUUUAAUAGAUAAGGAAAAUGAAAUCCUGAAAGGUGAAUUUAAUUAAUUUAUCUAUUAAAGAUGAAUCAAUUAAUUACUUGGUGAAAGUUACACAGUGACAGUUACUUAUAAUUGCUGAUAUGAUUAAUUGUAAUAAAAUAACAAAACAGUGUUUACUGUAGAAACUAGUACAGGAUUCUCCCUCUAAUAGGAAGUAGAAAGUAUUACUGAAAGUAUAUCCAAAAUAGGAGUUCCCCCUUUUGUACAGUGGAUUAAGAAUCUGACUACAGCUGCUGGGGUCUCUGAAGAGAGACCAUCCCCAGCCAGCACAGCCAGUUAAAGGAUCUGGCAUUGUCACACACAACUAUGACAUAGGUCACAUCUGCAGCUCAUAUUCAGUUCCUGGUCUGGGAACUUUCAUAUGCCAUGUGUGCAGCUUUAAAAAAAAAAAAAAAAAAAAAGAGUAUAUGCAAUAUAAAUUAAAACAGGGUGAUAUGAAGAAUAAAUUUACUUUACCAAAUACUGCUAAUUAAAAUUUUAGAUACUAAAAUUCAUUUAAUAAGUUAAUUUUUGUGGACAAAACUUUAUUUUACUAAUGAACAAUGAUUUUCUUAGUAAUUGAUGAAGGCUUAUUGAUGUCAGGACUUUAGACAAAAUUAAAUCUUACAUAGGACAUUUAGAUACAUAAUCAGAUUUGAACUACAUACGUAUACAGAAAAUGAAGUGCCUUGAUUAGUAUGAAAUAUAAUGACUCAAUGUCCAAUUUUAUCCCAGAUGUAAUUUUAAUACUUACAGACUCUAAGAUUACAUCAGAAAAUUACAGGUUUUCACAAUAUUAGGUUGGUCAAGUAAAAUGUAAACUUUCAACAAAAUGUUGUUAUAAAUUUAGUUUUGGAUAUUUAAUCCUGUACUCAGGGAAAAUCAAUAUCUAAGUAAAUUAUUGUUUUAAUAAUUAUUCUUAAAUUGCUAAGAAUAGUUACAUGUAAAUAUAAGGAAUAGCCAAGAAAUGGUAGAGGUUCAAGUGCCAUGACUGUAUUCUAAUGAAAAUGAAGGUAAUAAUACAUUAAAAUAUUUAUCUGUUUUC